AAAAGCCGGGGGAGAGGCGAAGGGACCGGAGCACCUCAGCGAUGCAGCAUUAAGACUCCCCCCUCCCCCGCGUACACGGACAGCGAGUUUAGAAACGUACAUGACCAAAGACGCGUGGCCAGCCCCGAGAAACGCAAACGUAACAAUCAUGCAGUUUAAAUACAGACGAAUUUAAGCCCUCGCGCCUCUUCUUCAAGGUGAACGCCGCAUCCCUCGCGCCUCACGUCGGCUCGUGCGUCAACCGUUAGCCGUUGGAACCGACCAUGUCCGUGGAAGAGCAGCAGCAGCAGCAGUGGGGAUAUCCGGACAACAUUCCCGGGUGGAUGAGGGCUGAGAUCGAGCGGCUCUCCCGGGAACUGACCGAGACCACGAACGAGAAGAUCCAGGCAGCAGAGUACGGGCUGGUGGUGCUGGAGGAGAAGCAGCAACUCAAACAGCAAUAUGAGGAGCUGGAGGUGGAGUAUGAGAGCAUCAGGCAGGAGCUGGACCAGCUUAAAGAGGCGUUCGGACAAGCCCACUCCAACCACAGGAAGGUGGCGGCGGAUGGCGAGAGCCGCGAGGAGUCCCUGAUCCUGGAGUCCGCCUGUAAAGAGGCCUACUACGAGCAGAGGGUCCUGGAACUGCAGAACGAGCUCCGUCAAACCCGCAACCUCCUCGCCAACACGCAGUCUGAGAACGAACGACUCAACACCAUCUCGCAGGACAUCAGAGAGAAAAAACAGAUGGUGGAACUGCAGAGGGCUCAGCUGCGUGACGACAUAAAGGAGUACAAGUUUCGUGAGGCUCGUCUGCUGCAGGACUACUCCGAGCUGGAGGAGGAGAACAUCUCACUGCAGAAGCAAGUCUCUGUGCUCAAACAAAGCCAGGUGGAGUUCGAGGGUCUGAAACAUGAGAUCCGGAGGUUGGAGGAGGACACGGGUUUUCUGAACAGUCAGCUGGAGGACGCCAUUCGUUUAAAGGAGAUCGCGGAGAGGCAGCUGGCCGAGGCUCUGGAGACCAUCAAGACCGAGAGGGAGCUGAAGGCUUCACUCAGGAAAGAGCUGUCCCACUACAUGAACAUCGGAGAUACUCUCUACCACAGCCCUUUGAGCAUCUCUCUGGACGGACUCAAGUUCAGCGACGACGCCUCCACGGAGCCCAACAACGAUGAGGCGCUGCAGGGGUUCGAAAACGGCUUCCUCAAACUGGCCAACGCCAUCGCCGACGACAACCGCGCGUCCACUCCCACCAAGGAGGAGCUGUCCCGCCCCGCCCCGAGCCUGGUGGACGACCUGCUGAGCGAACUCAACAUCACAGAGAUACAGAAGCUCAAACAGCAGCUGGUGCAGAUCGAGCGUGAGAAGGUGUCUCUGCUGUCCACGCUGCAGGACGCUCAGAAACAGCUGGAGCAGGCCAACGGCGCCCUGUGUCAACACCAGGAGAAGGUCAGCCGCCUCACAGAAAACCUCAACACCAUCCGCAAGCUCCAGGCCAGCAAGGAGCGUCAGUCUGCCCUGGACAACGAGAAGGAGCGCGACAGCCACGAGGACGGAGACUACUACGAGGUGGACAUCAACGGGCCCGAGAUCCUGGAGUGCAAGUACAAGGUGGCCGUGUCUGAGGCAGGUGAGCUGAAGGAGGAGCUGAAGACCCUGAAAGCCGAAUAUCAGACCUGUCAAUCACGCUACGAAGAGGAACGCACCCGACUGGAGAACGACGUCACCACGCUCGGAGAAAAACUGUCAGCUCUGGAGAAGAUGAGUAACGCUGAGAGAGACGAGAAGAACAAGCUGGAAAAAGAACUACGCAAGCUGAGCGAUGUGGCUGGUGAGUCUCAGGGCAGCCUCAGCGUGGCCCAGGACGAGCUGGUCACUUUCAGCGAGGAACUGGCGACCCUGUACAACCACGUGUGCAUGUGCAACAACGAGACGCCCAACCGGGUCAUGCUCGACUUCUACAAGGAGGGCAAAGGCGGACGCAGCAGCCCCGAAGGACGCGGGCGGCGCUCUCCCAUCCUGCUCACCAAAGGCCUCUUCCCGGACCCGGGUUACCACAGCGACGGCUCUCCCUCUCCGGUCUCCUCCUUGCCGUCUCCCGUCUCCGAUCACCGCAGAGAACCGAUGAACAUCUACAACCUGGUGGCGAUUAUUCGGGAUCAGAUCAAGCACCUGCAGUUAGCCGUGGACCGCACCACGGAGCUGUCCAGGCAGAGGGUGGCCACGCUGGAGCUCGGGACAGUCGCGGACAAAGAUAAGGAGGCGUGCAUGGAGGAGAUACUCAAACUCAAAUCCCUGCUCAGCACCAAGAGGGAACAGAUUGCAACGCUAAGAACCGUCCUGAAGGCCAACAAGCAGACCGCUGAAGUUGCUCUAGCCAAUCUUAAGAGCAAGUACGAGAACGAGAAGGCUAUGGUGACCGAGACGAUGAUGAAGCUGAGGAACGAGCUCAAAGCACUAAAAGAGGACGCCGCCACCUUUUCUUCACUGCGGGCCAUGUUCGCCACACGAUGUGAUGAGUACGUGACGCAGCUGGACGAGAUGCAGAGGCAGCUGGCAGCAGCAGAGGAUGAGAAGAAGACCCUGAACUCUCUGCUGAGGAUGGCCAUCCAACAGAAGCUGGCCCUGACGCAGCGGCUGGAGGAUCUGGAGUUUGACCACGAGCAGACACGACGUGGAGGCGCCGGGGGGCGCUCUAAAGCCCGCAAAACCCCCGCUGCCUCCUCCACAGCUGCCUCCUCCACAGCUGCCUCUUCCACAGGCUCACAUGUAAGUCCUCUGUCCUGCUCCGGCUCGGGACGCCCUGAGCUCAACACCGCUCUGCCCAGCGGCAUCAUGGGAGGUCCCAUGGUGUUCUGCAGUGAGAAGUACAAGAUCUACUGCGACUGAGCGGCGCAGAGCCGCGGCGGACUGCUGUGUACAGCCUUAGUGUUACAGAGCCCCACAUGCUCGCUUAGCUCCCUCUAGGGGCCGCUGUGUGUAACCAGCUGCUUGUGUGUGCUGUGUCAACCUUAGGGGAAUGCCCAUGUACUGUAGUAGACAUUUAUGGCAUGUGGACGGUAGGGCCCUGCUUGUACUGAGGGCGUUUUAUGGAGUCUAUUCUUUCCGCUGUCAUAGUGCCGUACGUAUAAGUUAAGCUGGCAGCUUCUGUGCUUGUCUGUUCUGAUCCCUGGAGUGUACUGUACUGCACUUGAACGGGGACUAUAGAGGAUGUCAUAGAAGGGUUCUGUGUCUGCCCUUCAGCUUGCUGUUGGCAUUGGUGCUCCUUUAAACAAGCCCCCUCCUCUCUCUCUGCUGCCUCCAGGACUGACCUGUCCAGCAGCUCUGACGAAUCAGGUCACUCUACAAUGAAAUGUUUACAAGAAAUAAACAAGCAAAAUAUGCAAUCCUCCUCCAGCCUCGCGCUCGAGGAAGACCAAAUGAAUAUUUAGAAGAUGUACAAAACCUUGUGAGUUGGAAUUGCUUUGUUGGGAAAGUUUGGGCAGAAAGGAGCACCUGUGACCACAGGUGUGUACAUCAGGAUCAUUAUAAGCUGUGAUGCUAGCACACCAACACGAUACGAUAAGUAGAAUCGCAUGGCUUUGCUGCUCAAACACUUUGGCUUUGAACCACUUUUCUGUUGCGUGUGACAUCAUGCUACACGCUCUGCAUGGUAAAGAUCCUCAUGUGGUAUCUGCUAAAACACAGGAGGGCUUUUCUACACAACCCGUCAUGUUUAAAUGGAUUUCAUUCAGAGCCAUAAAGAGAAAGAAAAGUUUGACAAAUCAAACUCCACUCCCAAACAAAGUGCACUUCAGCACAGGUGCCUCGGGUUCUCCUCCGAUCAAACAUGGAUUUACUGUGAACGUAGACGCCGCGGAGUUUGGUUCAGAAUCAUUUAAUGGGAUAAAUCUCAAAAGAGCACAAAUCAGAAGGCACCACACCUGGACAUUUCAAUUUGACACUAAAGUAACACUCCGGCAAAGUGCCUGUAUAAAUCUAACCCGCCUGCCCCUGUGUGUGGACAAGCAUUUAUCCAUUCUCCUCUUCCUCCUGUUUUUGGACCAGAGUCUUCAUUAAUGUGUGUGCUGUUUUGACCCUUUGCUUUUGUCACUGGUCUCACGCUAAACCAACUUGUUUCUUUGUAGAUGGUUAGACGCUGGCUCCCUCCUCAUCACCACUCACCCUUUAACUAAAGCGUAUUGGUCAGGUAAAGUCCUCGCGCCUGUGUGUUCUGCCUGUACGUACAUGAAUGAGCGGCCCUCUUUGUAUUAUAUUUUUAUCUUUUAUCACAAGCAGAGGGCCGCUCAUGGUUUAUUUUAACCGUGUGUGACGUGUACGGGGACUAAAUGACGUGUACUCUUUCUAGUUCUUACAAUUUUUUCAUAAAAGCUUUAACCCUUUCGCGAGCUAGCAUAACGCAAAUAUGAAAAGAACAUGUGGGGCUCGUGUUUAUUACUCUCUAUAACAGACACGCUAGCUUUACGACGCUAAAGGCAGGGUUGAAGAAAGACAGACCUGCCAGAUUCGUACUUACUAAAGAUGCUACGUCUUCUCUACAGUAUAUUUAGAGACAUUACCAUUGGCCCUGCUUACGUGUGCGUGUAUAUGUUUAGCACACAGCAUGGAGACUUAAGCAGUUAUGGGGAAAAAAAAAAAAAAACUACAAGGAGGUUCGUCGCUCCUGCAUUUACGAUAUUGUGUUUCUAUCAGUUUUGCGCUGAUUGAGAAGAGAUUCGGAGUAGAAAACGUAAACCUACUCACGUUGUUGAGAGGAGAUGUGAUAAAAUAAGCUAGCCAAACCGGCGGCCCGCUCCAGAUGUCUGAAACGGUGGAGAAAGUGAGUGAGUCCAGUGUUUCCAAAGAAAGAAACUGGACUUUUUUUUGUUUUGUUUUGGGUUUUUUUUCUUAAGGAGGAAAAAUACUGGUCUCGUGAUUGGCCAGAGGACAUUGAUUCAAAUUAGCCCCGCCCCUUUUCCUUUGUACAGUCCGUAGGUUGUAGGUUGUAGGUUGUAGGCAGGAGGUAGGUAGACCCUGUAGAUUCGUUGUUAGAACUCUACCCGUAAUCCUUAAGCACAGGAGUUUGAAUUCAGCUCCAUCUAGUUUGUAAUCAAUGUCUGGACGUUCUUCGGGUGUCAACAGAAAGGCUCCUCCUACCUCUGCAUGCAGGCUCCGCCCAUUUUGCAUAAUUUACAUAUGUCAUGUUUUUGUUUUUUGUUUUGUUUUUUUUGUUUUUAAAGCCUGCAUGGUAUAUAUGUGUGUCAACUGACUCGCGUGACAUUUGAGAAACCCCCGUCGCCUUUAGCUUCACAUUGGUCGAAAUACUACUGAGUUCCUGGGUUCCUAACACGAUGGCGUGGACUAACAUUUGGAGUGUCUUUGGAGUGACGCGUUUAACGGCUAACCCAGAAACCACAAAUGCUGAUUUUUGUUUUGUUUUUCCCUUCCAUUUUGCAGUAAUUACGGUAGCCCUGUGCGGAUGACAAAGACGCCAACGCACGGCUCCCCAUAAGACGCGAAAGCCUGAUCGGACUUGAAAAAUAAACAAACGAAAGGAUUUGUUUUACACUGAUUGGAAAAACCUAACGCUGCUAUUGGAAGUCAAAACGCCAUGAUGCUUUUUUUUUAAAUUGGCCAAUGACAACCACCAGUGCAAAGCCAGAGGUCAUGGGGUCAUUUCUUUAAUGUCGAGACACUAACAUGUUUUGUGUUAUUUUUGUUUUUAUUAUUUUUAAUUUUUAAUAUGUGCACUUUCAUCAUAGAGGAUUAUAACUAUUAUUAACCUGUAGGAAAGUGUGGUAGUACUAUGGUUUGUGGAUUACUCAGUAUAAUUUACGUGAGAAUAGGAAAAUGAGUUUAAUUCCUCACUUUGAAAAUCACCACAGUCCCAAACCACAGUCAAACCACCAGAUUUUAUCCAUUCACGAGAUGAUGUUACAUUAAUGUUCUGUCGUUCUUUUAUGUUUGUUCUACUGCCAUAUUCUAUACAAAAAUCCAGGGUGAUCAAAUUCUGGGGUUUUUUCAUGUAUUUAUUAUUCCUAGAGGAAUAGCUCAAACUAACGAAACUUGACAACGCUCUGUUUCCAAAAAGGUAAGUCGUGCUUCGGGGAAUGGUCUGUGAUGUGAUCCACGUUUCCUUUGCUUCUUACCAAAAGGGCGUUCCACUGAAAAAACAAAAAAAAAAAAAAACAACAACACAGGAUCACUGACUUCUAGAAUUCUCUGCAAAUGCAAAAAUUAAAGAUUCCAAAUUGGAAUUGUUUCAUUCUCUCUUUGUUUUUAUCGUGCCAAAUCUUGGUACACCACGGGGUCGAGGCUAACUCAGAAAGACAAACGAGCCGCGGGACGUAGUUGGACACGAGUGCUGUUUUUGUUUAGCUCUUUGUUUCUGACCAGUAGUGCCUUUCAUUGUUUCCAAGGGAGAAUUUUAGACAAAGUAUUUUAUGUUCGUUUUUUAUAGUACUAAAGCGUUUCAAAAUGACUGUGAGCAGCAAUAAAUGCAAAAAGACGGGAACUUCCGCCCUUUUUCUGCACGAGCGAGAAGACGAUAGUUUUAAAACGAGCUCGGUAAGAGUGACGUUGUUUUGAAUUCUGCAGGUCAGUGAUCCACACAUUCAAAUCAGGGGUAUUAAAGAAAACUUGUUUUUUUAUCAAACUGUGGGAAAGUCCCUUCGGCCUCCUGUGAUGUUGAACAAAAAAGCCCCAGCGUCUGUAACGUGCUGGGGAACGAUCAGUGUGUAUUAAUGGAAACAUACCUAGCUUUGUUUGGUGAAGGUAACGUGAUAUCGAUAGUAUUGUUGAAAAAAAAAAUGUGCAGAAGGCGCAUUUUAACUUUUGUUUUUUUCAUUUAAUUUUUUAUCAACUUUUGUUUUGUUUUUUUACAUCAUAUUUUGAGCGUUUUCAGUAAACAGAAAACAACAAGAAGCAUCAACAAGCUUGUUUCGUGCCAUCCUAGCCAACGCUCGCUUGUUGACGCAAACAUAAAGUUACGAAUACGGAAAAAAGAAAAGUCAAAGUGCAAUUUUUGAAUAAAGUUUUACAAGAAAUCCGUUUUCUGUUUGCUGGAAGCUAUAGCAUUGUGAUAAUGAACUAGCUGUGCAAAACUUUCAUAAUGUGUUCUCAGUAUUCAUACAAAAGCAUCUUUAUAUGAAAUCACCUGUAUGUUGGUAUUUAUUUAAAUUUGUAAUGCAGUACUGUAAUAUCUAUUAUGUGCAUUAUGAUUAGUGAAAUAAUGUUCCGAGCUAAAUGUCAUAUGCAUGUGUCUCCAGUCAUGGGACCUUUACACAGAAGAAGAAGAAGAAAAACAAACAUGGCCGACGUGUAGGAUAUACAUAUAUAUAAGAAAAAAAAAGUUUUGUAUUGAAAAGAAAAAAAAAAAAGAAGUUUGAUCUAUUUGUAAUACUGCUGCAGAUAUCCUGAGAACGUGUUUGUUUUAGCGAGGGGUGGUGCUGUGUAAGGGUAGUCAUACUGGCUAAAAUCAAUAAAAGUAAGACGAAA